AUGUCUCGCGGCGGCUUUGCCGACUACAACCACAAUUUGAGGUUGCUUCCUCUGAGCCUGAGUUCGGAAAGGAAGCGGCAUGAGAUAAACCCCCCCACACCUCGAGGGGUUUGGGGGUGUCGCUGCGGGGUGUCUCUUGGGGCUGGGGGUGGGAUUAGUGAGCUCCGGGCUGGCCCAGAAACCGAUACGCCCCCGACCCCCGAGUCGGGCUUUUCGUUGCUCAAACCUGGCCGCCGUCGUCGCCGCUGUCCCCCAACAGAGGACCUGACCCUGGACCCGGACUCGGCCAACCACCUGCUGAUCCUCUCCGCCGACCUCAAGAGCGUCCGGAUGGGCUGCAGGAAGCAGGAGCUGCCCGACAACCCCAAGCGCUUCGACACCAACUCGCGGGUCUUGGCCACCGCGGGUUUCAAGUCGGGGCGGCACUACUGGGAGGUGGAGGUGGGGCCCUCGGACGGCUGGGCCUUCGGCGUGGCCAAGGAGUCCGUCCGCAGGAAGGGGCUGACGCAGUUCUCCCCCGAGGAGGGGAUCUGGGCCGUGCAGCAGAACGGCGGGCGCUACUGGGCCGUGACGUCGCCCCAGCGCACGCCGCUGUGCCUGGGCCGCAAGCUCAGCCGGGUGCGCGUCUACCUGGACUACGAGGGCGAGGAGGUUUCCUUCUACGACGCCGAGAGCAUGGAGCACAUCUUCACCUUCAACGUGGCCUUCCAGGAGAAGGUGUUCCCCCUCUUCUCCGUCUGUUCCACCGUCACCUACAUCAAGCUGUGCCCCUGAGGUGCCCCCCGUCCCCGGGGCGUGCCCGGCCCCCUGGGCGAGCUCAAAAAGACUCCAAGCCGGCCGCGUCCGGUGGCGCGCGGGGGGCUGAGGGGUGGCCGGUGAGGCGGUCAGGUGAGCACCUCAAGGUGGGUCUUCGGGCCAGGUGGAAACGGAGGGAAGUCCCAGCGGUCGCGGUUGCCACCUUAAAGGAAGGUCGCCAGCUCGAAGGCCGCGGUCAGCCGGCUCAAAGAUCGUGGCCACCAACCCAAAGGCUGUGGCCACCGGCUUGAACUUGGAAAGGGGUGAGGAGCUCAGCGAGGAGGAACCCUCCAGAAAUGAUCUGUGGCUCCGGCCCUGCCCUCGGAUGGGGGUUUAAGGAUCCGCGGGGAGCUUUGGAGUGGCUCCUCCGCCGCUUCGGAAGCGCCAGUGGCCGGGAGACGGAAUAUUUGUGGGGGGCAAAGGAAUCUUCGGGCGUCCACCCCAAAGCAAAGCUCCUCCCUUUGUCCGCAGAGAAGAAACCCAGCCAGAAAUUUCCCGGCUCCUUCUGCCACCCGGGGGGGAUAAUUGUCCCCCCGAAAAUCCUGAUUUUUGGGGUUUUGUGAGAGUUGUCUGAGCUGUCCACCGGCUCAGCCCUGUCCAGCGCGGAAGAGCCCGUGUGGGUUUUUUUUGUCUGCCCUCCUUAUCUGGUUCUCCACCCACAGAUAGACUCCAGAAAAGGUUAAAAGGUGCUUUUUUUUGUUUUUUUUUUUGUUUUUUGUUUUUUGUUUUUUUUUUUUUUUUUUAAGUGAUGUUCGUCCCGCUGGACCUGAGCAAGACCCACAUUUGUCCCUCUGGUGCUCCCGGUGCCGAGGCUUUUCCUUGGAUGAGAUUUUUACAAAAUAUAAUAUAAUCCCUCACAAUUCUCACGCUUUGCGUGGGUUCAGGUGCUGAACCUUGUGUUCCCUCAGGUUCUCAGCAAAAUCACCUUUUUAUCCUCAUUUCUUGGUUGUUUCUUUGGUUUUUUUUUUUCCCCCCCACUGGAAACCCUCGGUCUCUGCCAAGGCGCUGACGCUGAACUCGCAGUUGCUUCAUCCACUUCGGUUUUGCCAA